UUUUCUUUUUUUAAUUUCUUUGCUUAUAUAAAUAUAUAUGCUAUUUACUAUGGUCUAGGUGUGGAAAUAUGCUCAAGUGAAAUUCUCCCAUAUCAUUGCAAUACUUAUGUGAACUUUUUAAAAUUAAAUGCAAUGGUUUGACUGGGGUUUGCUACGUGAGGCAAAGUGACUGAGUUUGCAAUUCGGCAAGGGCUAUUAUAUAUUUUAAAGGAUAUUGUGAUAUUUUUGUUUUGAGUAUAUGCCAAUGCCUGGGAUGGUAGAUUCAAACCACUUGUUUGAGGACCGAUCUCUUGACUUUCACGCAUUGUGCGCUCUGUAUGCUGUUACUGAUGUUGCACUUGUUACUUCUCUUAGAGAUGGAAUGAAUCUUGUGAGUUAUGAGUUUGUUGCUUGCCAAGCAUCCAAGAAAGGAGUCCUCAUUCUGAGUGAGUUUGCAGGUGCAGCACAAUCGCUCGGUGCUGGUGCCAUUUUAGUAAAUCCAUGGAAUAUCACAGAAGUUGCUGCUUCCAUUGCUUAUGCUUUGAAUAUGCCAGCCGAUGAAAGAGAAAAGAGACACCAGCAUAAUUUCAUGCAUGUAACAACUCAUACAUCUCAAGAAUGGGCUGCAACCUUUGUUAGUGAACUUAAUGAUACUAUUGUGGAAGCUCAACUGAGGACUAGGAAAGUUCCACCUCUACUUCCUAUGAAAGAAGUCGUUGAUCACUAUUUGGAAUCCAAUAAUAGAUUGCUUUUACUGAUGGAAUAACAAAUAUACUGGUAGAAAUGAAUGUUAUAGCACCACAUGCUUUUGUUUCAUAAGUUUGGUUUACCCACAUCGUGAAAAUAUUGUGGGUAAUCAACCAACUUAUGAAGAGUUAGUUGAACGACUUAAUGAUACAACUUCCCGCCUUAAUGCUACUAACGAACAACUUAGUGUAGUUGUGGAUAUACUUCGUCAUAACAAUUUGAUGGCACCGCCUCCACCACCUCCAACAGACCAAGCUUCAGAUGCAAAUUUAAGAGAGUCGCCAUCUAUUUCAGUUCGGGAGUCACAAGAUGAUUCUUAGUUUAUUUACAUUAAUUUACUAAGGAAUGAACUUUAUGAAGUUUUUUUUAUUUUGGUAGGGGUAACCUUAAAAUGAUAACUUUAUGACUUAUUUUAGUAUUGAACAUUAUAAAGAAUUUUAGCAUUAAACAUUUUAUUA